AUGUCGUCGUCGUCCUUCUCUGCCUGCAAUGGCUUCCACGGCACUGAUGAUGGUGGUGGCGGUGAUGGUGAUGGUGGUGGCCACACGGCACUCAGCCACGUGCGCCAGGCGCUCGCGGAGCGGCGACGGAUUCGCUCUUGCGUCUUUGCUGGCGCUGUCGACCCUGCGGCGGUCACGUCAGCGUCGCCACCCUUGCUGGGCAAGCCGCGCACGGGCACCAGCCAUGAACCCUCCCUCUGUGUGGACCGCGGCGACAACGAGAAGGGCGCUGACGGUCAACGCAGGCAAGCGCCUGGCUUUCGCAAGCAGCACCGCGAGCGACGGUCGCCGUCUGCGCCAGACCCCUUCCUCUCGUGGGUGGAGGACGGAAAACUGCUGUCAGUGAGCUCGUUGCCAUCACCGCCGGCGCGGGCGACGUCGGCGUCUCCGCCGAUGUCGAAAUCAUCGGCGCCAGUGCUGUCGGCGUUGCCCCCGUCGCCUUCCCCGCGCCGCAUCUCGUACUACGGGAGCUUCCUGACCCACACGCUGGACGCGCACGACCUGGCGGUGGCCGUGUUCCCACAGUCGAGCAACACGGACGCCCUGCCGCUGCCAGUGUCGGCGCUGCGGACGGAUAACGAGUCUUCAGUGGCAGCAACGGAUCAGAGCGGCGCGCGCAGCCGCCGAGAGCGAACUGCCGCCAGCGGGCGGUCCAACGCAGCCUUUGACAAGACUCUCGCAGAGGCGAUGGUGUCGACGGUGGAGCGCAUGCUGGAGCAUGAGAAACGACGCGGCAGCGCCGCACCGCCGCAGCAGCCGUUGCGGCGCGACUCGCUCUCGACAAACGUCACGAUCGGCAGCGCCUUUGCCAGCAGCCGCAGCGGUGCCAGUGCACCCGCGUUGACGCCGGCGUUCCGCGGCAGUCACAGGUCGGGACCGCCAACGACGCCCAUUACAAGUCGCGCCAUGGCUGCCUUCGGUCACGCCACCGCCGACGUCCUCAGUGUCUCGGAUGGCAACGACAGCGUUGGCUUUCGCCGCGCGACGGCGAGAGGGCCGUCGCAGCACCGCAACCCCAACGCCAGCGACGCAGACGUGCACGCAGGCGAUUCCCGCGGCUCACCGAUGGCAACCCUCACGCACCCGGCAUCUUCGUCCGCGACUGUCUCGCAGCAUUGUCUGGGCACCUCGGGCACGCCGAAGUCGGCGUCAGCGCCACUGCGGGUGACGGCGUCCCGCGACAAGGAGCGCGCUGCAGCUGCUGCUGCCCGCAACCCGGACGCGCGAUCGCGGCAGUCGCCGCCGUCGCCCACAUCGCCGUCCCUUUUGUGGGACAUAGCCGGGCGGCCCGUGAGCCGCGACUGGGUCCGCGGCCUUUCCGCCACAGCGAGUGGCCACAGCGGAAGCACGAUGAUGACGGUCAGCAGCGGCAUGGCGGACGUGGCAGUGCUGGAGGUCGCUGCGAAGGACGCCGCCCCGCAGCUGUCGUAUCACCAGCUUACCGAGGCCUUCUACGGCAGCUACAAGGGUGGCGAGAUGGCUGAGGAUGCGUACCUGUACUUCUUUGCUCAGCAGCAGCAGCAGCAGCAGCAGCUGCAACACCCCGAAGGAGGCAGCGGCGGCACGAGGUCGCGCCAUGGCAGCAAGCACCAGCGAUCAAGGCCCUCGGCCGCGAUGACGACGACGCCGACAUGCACCACUGCGAGAGCUCGGAGCGGGUGCACUGUGCAGCGGGUUUUCGUAUCAGGACGGUCGGAGAGCCAGCCAACAGUGACCUCGGAAGCCUCAACGGUCUCCCUCACGGCCGCCGCUGCAACUCAAACCCCUCCGACGCAGCUGGAGCCACGCUCCGUCCCCACCGAUACCCCGCUUCCGGCGUUGCGGCGGGGCCCCGAUGCCGCAGCAGCAGACGAACGGCAGCAGCCCCAUUCGCGGUCCAAAGCACGGCCGAGUAGCACCAGCCUUGGCAGUUGUCACGGUAGCGCCAGUCGUGGCAGCGCCCAUGGCGCCUCCUCGCCGUCGUCUCCGCUGAGGCUGUCGGUAACCGCAAGGUCGAUAUCAACAGUGGCACGGGGCGCUGUGAUAGAGGCUGCCGACGACGUCGGAGUGCAGCCGCAGCGGCAGCAGCCACGGAAGACCUCGACAAGAUUGGAAAGGUUCACUGCUGUUGCAGUGGCGCAUGCUGCACCUGGCCAGUGUCGCGGCUCUGGAAGUUCAUCGCUCUCGAUGGAUACGGAGCCGCGGGAUAUCGAUGUGGACCAGGUGAGUGAACCACCAUCGGCUGCAGCGUCAUCAUCAGCCACAGCGGCGACAGAAGCCGCGACAACGACUAGCCGCAUCCGGAACCUGCUGCACGAGUCAGUGUCCAUCUACCAAGAGGCGCAGCAGCAGCAGCAGCAGUCGGAGCCGCACGACGAGGGCCCUCCAGCCGCGUAA